AUUGCUAACAAAUAUCCAUUCGGUAAUUAAAAAGAAAAGAAGUAAAAACCCGCCAAGGCGGUCUUCGUACAAAAACGCGCUAAUCCUGAAUUCAUCACCAACAUCAAAUUUACUCAAACCCUAAUUGGCAAUACGAAGCGAUGGGAAAUGCUAACUGUGUAUUCUGUGGAUGCAUAGAACAAGCGAGCGUCGGUGUCGUUGAGAAAUGGGGACGUUUUGACAGGCUAGCAGAACCGGGGCUUAACUUCUUCAAUCCUUUCGCCGGCGAAUGCCUUUCUGGAAUUCUCUCCACCAGGAUCAGUUCUCUCGAUGUCAAAAUCGAGACUAAAACCAAGGACAAUGUCUUUGUUCAUUUAGUGUGCUCGAUCCAAUAUAGAGUGAUCAGGCAAAAUGCUGAUGAUGCUUUCUAUGAGUUGCAAAAUCCAAAGGAGCAGAUUCAGGCUUAUGUAUUUGAUGUCGUUCGAGCCCAUGUCCCCAAAAUGAAUUUGGAUGAACUUUUCGAGCAAAAGGAUGAAGUU